UCAGUUUCGCAACAAUUCGUAAUAGAGAUGAUACACUCUGGUUGACUGUGUAAACUAGGGGGCGCACCCCUCGCUCUCGUAAGCAUCAGCGAGAAAUUCAAAGUUUAGACGUAACAUUCAAAUAUUUGUCCGCCGAUAAAGAGACUCCCGGCCCCGGAAUAAUCUCGCACUACGAACGUGUAAUCUUCUACAAACGUUGUUGCUCAAAAAAGAAAAACGCGCAAGAAGAGAUACGCUGAGGAUUGAUUGUGAGAGGCUUCGAUUCUGCGAUUGAAUUCCGCGCAAUGACCAUCUUGUGCUUCAAGACGAGAAGCUCACGCUAUUUUAUUCUACAAAACUUAUUGAUGAUUAUCUUGAUUGAUUUGCGCGCGCGCGCGUGUGUGUGUGUGUCGGAGCAUUGUGCCAAGUAACGUUCGCUGUAACGAAUUUCUUUGUGAUGCUCAAGAAGCAUGUCCGUGUUCUUGUCUGUGUACAGUUAAUCGUGUGGUUCAGUUGCUUCAUGCUAGUAAAAGACUAAACAAAUCGAUAAGUCGUGAGCACACAAGCCCCCUCCCUCUCUGCCCCUUAGUAAAUCCAUGUAAACACAAUAAUCGACUUUGACGACUGGAUGGACCGCGGCAUCGUUUCUUUCCUAUGGUAAUCCUCAGGUGUUCCGUAAGAAAGGAGGACAAGGAACUUCAAGAAGGAUAAGCGAGAGAUUGGCGGCGACCCGGGCGCAAUGUCAUACCAUCGCGGCGGGCAAGCGGGUGCCGUGGCAGUUUCAUAUAGUACCAGCCCAAUGGCGCCGCAUUCACCUAGUCGGAGAUACUCGAGUGGCACCACCGGCACCACCACCACCAGCGGCAUCGGCAGCUCCUCGUCCAAGUUCAGCGGUUUCCGGCCCAGCGGCGGCACCAGCUCGAUCCUUGACCAGCCCACCAGCUUCUAUACGCUGUCGUCCACGGCGGGCUCGAGUUUGCGCUCGAAUUACAUCUCCUCGGAGUACAAACGAUCCUAUUGCGCGCCAGGAAGCUUCUACUCGCCGACUACUACCCUCACGAGCAUCCGCAGGAACUAUUCGUCGCAGUACAGUCGGUCCAACCGCUCACCCGCAAGGUCAGUCUCAUCGUCGUCGUACGGUGACACGGCCGGUUCGUCGUUGACGUCGUCGGCGAGCGUCGUGGCAAACGGCACCGGCAGCGGCAGGUACAGCGGCUCCACAUCGAGCGCCUCGUCCUCAAGGGAGCGCAGCCUCGUCAAUACGUCUGCGGCGGACAUCAUCAGCAGGUAUUCGCCAGCCGGUUACGUGCCGAACAUCCGUCAGUCCGCCACCAGUGGCGGUAAUGCGCAUCACUGGAAGUAUCGUUCGACGUCGUCGAGCCUCAGCGAGUUGUUCGGCGGUGACGAGCGUGUGGUGAUCGAGCAUAAGGACCGUCCAGAGUCCUCGCUCUCCUCGUCGUCCUCCUCCUCGUCCGCCGCCGCUACCGGCGCGGGCCUGUGGUCGAGAUCCGCCAAGAGGAGACCACCUACGAGCAGCACGGUGCUCACCACCGGGCAUGCACGCGCGGACAGCGCCGCGUCUCUCGCCGAGGUAACCAUCGACGAUCAUGUUAGUCGUAAGCUAGACGACGAUCACGACGACGACGUUACGAAGGACGUUCACGGCGACGACGAUCAGCAUAACAACAACGGCAACCUCGGCAACGGGAACGACGGCAAGGGCGCCGGCGGUGGCGAGGCCGCGUGUGGAUUCGGCGUUAACAACAACGACAACGAGCGCGACAACCGUGACGACGACGACGACGACGGCGGCGACGAGAACAACGACGACGACGGCGACGACGACGACGACGACCAGGACGACGACGAAAACAGUGACGGCGACAACGACGACGUCGACAAUCGCAACAACUGUCCGCACCGCAAUCGUCAACAACAACAACACCACCAUCAUCACCACCACCACCAUCACCACCACCACCACCUUCGCCAGCAAUGCAGCCGCCGACCCGACGAGGUCUCACCCGCUAAGCGUAACCUUCUCUCUCCCACCGGUGGUGGUGGCGGCUUGAUUAGCCUUGACCUGUUAACUAAUCUUGCGACUAAUCCUCGUAACACUGAACUGCUGAUCAAUAACAACGCUCAGGACAAGAAGCUGACACUGAGAGGGGAGGAAGCCGCGAUUGCGAGCAACGACGACGAGGUAAUACGCGCUGUUUCCGACAACGACACUCCCACGUCGAUCGACGCGAUCACCACGUUUCUGCAGGGUGGUCGCAACGCGGCCAGUGAGCGAGACGUUCUUGAAGAUGGCGACGAGGAGAGAAGAACGUCUUACAACAUGGGCGAGAACAGCUUCGGUGCCGCGGUCACCGCGACAUUGCCGGUUCUACAGAACAGUGUAUCCGGUAGAUCAUCGGUCACUCACGGUGACGAGCCCUCGUCGGCCGUCCCUUCGACGUCGAGGAGAACAGACCAGCCUGCUGGUAGCGGUCUCUUCUCAACGGGCUCCGCGAACAGCAUCGCGGCCAACCUGACUUCGUCACCAACAACAAAUCCAACGCAUCACAGUAUCUACCGUGGUGGCAGCGAGCAAUACGAAGGUAGCCCGACCAACAGAUCGGCGCGUAACCGCCUGCAAGUUUACCGUGACGAACGAUGUGGUCUAAACGGCUUACGGAAUAUUGGAAAUACAUGUUUUAUGAACAGCGUGAUCCAGUGCUUAAGUAACACAAGACCUUUAUUGGAAUAUCUACUGAACGAGCAAUACCUAGCCGACAUAAAUACUACCACGUCCAGCAUGAAAGGUGCUCUCAUCAAAGCGUUCAGCCAAGUGAUUCACGAAUUGUGGGAGGUGGGCGGUGAUCACGUGGUGAACACGACCUCGCUCAAAUCUCAGAUACAGAGAUUCGCGCCGCGCUUCAUGGGCUACAGUCAGCAGGACGCUCAAGAGUUUCUCAGAUAUUUGCUCGAGGGUUUGCACGAGGAUGUCAACAGAGUCACCACAAAGUUGCCGCCGAUACACGGAGACAUACCGGACAGUUACUCGGAGACGCAGAAAGCGGUGGAAAGUUGGAAGCGAUACCUUCGUAGCGAGGACAGCAUGAUAGUGGACGUCUUCGUGGGGCAGCUGCGUUCGUCUUUGCACUGCACUUCCUGCGAUCACGUAUCGGUCACGCUUGAUCCUUUUUGGGAUUUGAGCUUGCCGAUACCAGCCAGGAGCGGCACUGUAAAGUUGAGUCAGUGUUUGGAGCACUUCACUCGAGAGGAGGUGUUGGACGGCGAUGAAAAACCAACAUGUUCCAAGUGUCAGAUGAGGAGAAAGUGCACUAAGAGCUUCAGUAUACAGAAGUUCCCGAAAAUCCUGGUUAUUCACUUAAAACGGUUCUCUCCGAUGGAGCGUUUCCGCGGCAAGCUGAACGUGAUGGUGGACUUUCCAUUGACGGGAUUGGAUCUCAGUGCCUUUGCCGCCCCGAAAGUUCCGGGCUGUACAUACAAUCUGUACGGGGUCGCGAAUCACUCGGGUACUACGUACUCCGGUCACUACACCGCGUACUGCAAGCACCCGUACUCAGGAGAAUGGCACGAGUACAACGACAGCCGAGUGUCCGUUGUGUCGGCACGGUCGGUCGUUUCCAGUGAAGCCUACGUACUGUUCUAUGAACAGCAACCUCACAGUUCUCAUUUGUAACCUUACGCCAUUGCCUAGAAGUAAAACAACAACCAUCUUGCCUCUCGAUACCUCAGCCUAGUAAAAGUCUGUUUUCUGGUAUUGAAAAGCGACUAAACACUGAAAGAAAGAAAAGAAAACGAGGGAUCACUGAAUGCGAUCCGUACAACUUUUCGGGUGUACAAUCGGGUGCAUCGUGGCCUUGGCGAUAAUCGUGUCUCUUCCUGCAAUAGGUUUCUCGACAUAACGUUGCAUGUGUGUCACGUCCUUUUAUAAAAGAAGAGAUUUACGCGUUUAUAAUUCUGAUGUGUAUAUCGGAAUUAUACAAUAAGUCAGUGUGUACGUAUAUGUGUACAUAUAACAUGUGCAUGUGUGCAUAUAUAUACGUAUAGAUGUACUUGUUGUACACACGUAUAUGUAUAUAUACUCUCUUGUACAUGUAUAUAUACGUACGUGUCGCAUAAAAAAUUAUUUCCGCAGAUAUUGAGAAUCAAAUUUAAAAUCUAUACAAAAUUAUUUAUUCAUCUUUUUUUAUGUAACGUUUUGUGGUAGGACUUAUAUUUCUGUUUGAAAUAGAUUUUUAUUUAAUUAAAGCAUAAAGAAAAAUAUCAACGCACCGUUUUCGAUCUUGGUAGGAAAACACGAUAAUAUGAAGUCGCCGGAGAUCACACGCGUAUCAGCGCUUCAGAUGUCUAGUUACUUUUGAAUAGACGAGUAGUAACACAUCUCUCUCUCUCUCUUUCUCUAAUACACAGACAACACAUACACAAUCUUCAUUGAACACGUGGCGACAGCUAUUUACUUUUGUAAAAUAUUUUGUUUAAUAACCACAGUCAAGAGUUAUUUAUUAUAUAAUUUAUGGAAAGAGAAAAAUAAAAUAAUAUAUUCGAUAUUAACGAAUAUAAUAUAUACAUUA